AGCCUGCUUUCGGGACGAGACGUUUAAAGAUGGCGGCGGGGCCGAGCGAGCGGCUCCUCUGAAGGGGGCGAAGCGGAGGCCGCGCGAGAAGACCCCGGCGCCUCCGGGCCGUUCCUUCCCCUCAGCUGGGCUCGGUGGCGGGAAAACUAAGCCAAACUAAAAGGGCGAGCCGUAGAGGAGCGACGGCGGGGAACGCCGGGCAUGGCCCAGGUUGAAAGAAGACAAGGACACCUGCGUGCAGCCAGCGAAGAUGCUCUCCACUUCGACUUCAGCUAUUUAAGCUGAAUGCAUUGUGAUUUCCAGUAAUUGAGACAGUGAUUUUGAAAGCUGUCUACAUUAAUGAAAAGAACAAUGUAGUCAGCUUAACUGAAUCAUCAGUGUUGCAUAUUGAAUAGACCAUGACAAAAACCUAUCCUGACGGACUUCUGCAUGUUAGGAAUAUAGAUUAUAUACUUUAAAGCCUUGUGUUUUUUUUUAAGUUUUAACUAUGGAGACUUAUGAAAAUGCACCUCCCCUUCCAAAAGAGCUAGCCACAGAAGUCAAUGCGGAGAAUGAUUCUUGUCCCCCACCACUGCCGCCUAAUGAACAGCCUCCACCACCUCCCCUGCAAACGUCCAGUGACGCAGAGGUAAUGGACGUUGGCUCUGGUGGUGAUGGACAGUCAGAGACCCCCGCUGGGGACGUGCACACUGUCGGCAGAAUGCAGCUUCUCACGAAGGGAUCUUCAUGCUACAACAGUCGUCUUAUUGUAGAUCCUAACAGCGACCAAAGUCCAAGAACUGCUCGUCAUGCGCCUUCAGUUAGAAAGUUCACCCCUGAUCUUAAGUUGCUUAAAGAUGUAAAGAUUAGUGUUAGCUUUACAGAAAGCUGCAAAAGCAAAGACAGAAAAGUUCUGUACACUGGAGCUGAGCAAGAUUAUGAGGCAGAUUCAGGUUUAGGUAUUAAUAAUGUCAAUGGUGAUGUGCAUGUUUGUCCUUUUGGGGGUAGUAACGGUCAAGCUACACGGGUAGCCGGUGAAACUGAUGACAAAAAAGAUGAUGAGAAUGAUAUAGAUCAAGAAAAGCGAGUGGAGUAUGCAGUUCUGGACGAUUUAGAAGACUUCACUGACAACUUGAUGGAAAUAGAUGAAGAAGGAGGGUUCACGUCUAAAGCGAUUGUUCAGAGAGACAAAGCAGAUGAAGAGACCUUAAAUUAUUCUUAUGAGGAUGAAUUUGAUAAUGAUGUGGAUGCUCUGCUGGAAGAGGGCCUUUGUGUUCCCAAGAAAAGGAAAAUUGAUGAGAAAUAUGCAGGGGAGAGCGACCAUCAAUCUGAUGGAGAGACAAGUGUGCAGCCUAUGAUUACCAAAAUAAAAACCGUUCUUAAAAGUCGUGGCCGCCCUCCUACAGAGCCAUUGCCUGAUGGAUGGAUCAUGACAUUCCAUAACUCAGGCAUUCCUGUAUAUCUCCAUAGAGAAUCCAGAGUUGUUACCUGGUCUAGACCUUACUUCUUGGGAACAGGAAGUAUAAGGAAACAUGACCCUCCUUUGAGUAGCAUUCCUUGUUUGCAUUACAAGAAAAUGAAGGAAAACGAGGAAAGGGAACAAAACGACAUAACUCCAAAUGGCGAAGUAUCGCCUGUGAAACUCACCAAUAAGUCUUUAGAAUCAGAUUGCCGAGCAGAGGAGCCAGACUCCACUGGGGCUGAUUCAGGGACUUUAGAUGAGAAAGAUCCUUCUGGGGGAGAUGCCGCUCAAGGCGCCUUAGGCCAAGUGAAGGCCAAAGUGGAAGUGUGCAAAGACGAAUCAGUAGAUCUUGAAGAUUUCAGACAUUACCUUGAAAAGCGUUUUGAUUUUGAGCAAGUAACUGUAAAAAAGUUCAAAACCUGGGCAGAGAGGCGACAGUUCAACCGUGAGAUGAAAAGAAAACAGGCAGAGUCUGAGCGGCCCAUUCUCCCAGCCAAUCAAAAACUGAUUACCUUGUCUGUACAAGACGCACCUACAAAGAAAGAGUUUGUUAUUAAUCCCAAUGGGAAGUCUGAAGUUUGCAUCCUGCAUGAAUAUAUGCAACGAGUUCUAAAGGUUCGCCCUGUUUACAAUUUCUUUGAAUGUGAAAAUCCAAGUGAGCCUUUUGGAGCCUCUGUUAUUAUUGAUGGAGUGACGUAUGGAGCAGGAACUGCAAGCAGCAAAAAACUCGCCAAGAAUAAAGCUGCCCGAGCUACACUGGAAAUCCUCAUUCCUGACUUUGUUAAGCAGACCGCUGAGGAAAAGCCCAAAGAUAGUGAAGAACUAGAGUAUUUUAACCAUAUCAGUAUUGAGGACUCACGGGUAUAUGAACUGACCAGUAAAGCUGGACUCUUGUCUCCAUAUCAAAUCCUUCAUGAGUGCCUUAAAAGAAACCAUGGAAUGGGUGACACAUCCAUAAAGUUUGAAGUGAUUCCUGGUAAAAAUCAGAAGAGCGAAUACGUCAUGACUUGUGGGAAGCACACUGUGCGUGGCUGGUGUAAAAAUAAGCGAGUUGGAAAACAGCUGGCAUCUCAGAAGAUCCUUCAGCUGCUUCACCCUCAUGUGAAAAACUGGGGCUCCUUGUUGCGCAUGUAUGGUAGAGAGAGCAGUAAGAUGGUAAAGCAGGAAACUUCUGACAAAAGCGUGAUAGAGCUUCAGCAGUAUGCCAAAAAGAACAAGCCAAAUCUACACAUUCUGAACAAGUUACAGGAAGAAAUGAGGAAAUUGGCACAAGAAAGGGAGGAAACACGAAAGAAGCCCAAGAUGACGAUUGUAGAAUCUGCUCAACCUGGUAGCGAACCUCUCUGUACAGUUGAUGUGUGACCAGAAAACGUAAACAAUUGGGGAGCAAUAAAUAAGCAGCGAGAGCUAGUAUUUUCCAACUAUUAUUUAAGAAUUGGUUUUGAGAAUGCAAAACAACGUAAACAGUCCAAGCUGCUUCAAAUAUGCAUCGUUCUUCAUCAGGGCAAUAGUACUUUUGUGUUUUUUUGAGCUUUUAACCUCUGAGAGAUACACUUAUACAAGAGGGCAAAAAUCUCUGCUUGAGCACAGAGGGGCACGCAGGUACACACACACAGGAUAAGCUGAAGCAAGCCCCCCUCCAAACUAUACAUGCUGUCUUGAGUGGAUGUUUUAAGUAUCAAAUUCAGAAUGUCUAUGUAAAAGGUGGAAUGAAUGUAUCAGGUGGGAAUAUAACUGUACGUGCUCUUGUGUGAACACGCUGUCAACUGUUUUUCUGAAGAGCUCUGCUGCCGUUCAGCACAUAAUGACAUGCACUGAUAAAGACACUUUUUGACAACUAUGACGAAAAAGUGGAAAAGCAAUGUUCCUCUUGCCACAAGGGUUAGACCUGUAGCGCUGCUUUCAUUGUAUUGUGCAGGCUUCAGAUUUCUGACAGCCUGCUGCAUCAGUGUCCUUUAAAGUAGGGUAUCCAACAGCAUUGAGUCCACCUUUUAUCUGGGAUAUCUCUCCCUCCCUCUCGAAAGCGUAGUGAGCCAUGCUUGUUUACAGACAAGACAGAUUGAGAGAGCAUCUGGCUAUCAAUUUGCCCCCUACAAUGAUUUUUAAAUGACUGCGUGGGAUUGACACAGCACCCUUCAUUCUUUUAAUCUAUUUGUUUGGUGAGGCUUGUGGAAAGAUCUUCAAGAUUGUACAGCCACAUUUGCUGACUUGCCUCUGGAGUAAUUCUUAAACCUCCUUUUCAAAAGCAAUCUAAAAACACUGACAACACUUGAAUAGAAAUUUAAUCCCAACAUCCUGGACACUAUAGUCUUAAUCCAAUAGUAUUGAAUCAGGACUUUAGUCAUUUGCUUUACAUGAGCUUUACAGAAAAGAAAUUCUUUACUUUGUAACUCGUCAGUGCUCAUUAAAAAAAAAUCACUGGAUUAACCUUUAAACAUCAUUUUAAAAAGUUGUCACAGGUUUUGUUUUUACUAAAUGUUUUUAGCAUUGGCAGAGUAAUUUCUGCUGUGGAAACUAUUAGAAUGUAAAUUUGGGAUACAUCAGAGAGGACUAAAGAUUUUCUAAACAAGUUGUAUCAAGAUGAAAUAAAGAACACGAAUAUGCAAA